AUGGCGUUGGCUGAGACUGUAUUGAGAAAGGUCCACAAGUUGGGCUUGAUUCCCAAAGCCAUCAAGCUCUUGCCUGUCAUCUCCUUUGUAAUGGCAAUUGCCAGUAUCGGAUGGCUUUUGGUAUUACCGUUGGAUGGCCAAUACAGAAACACAUAUAUUUCCGAGAACGCGUUGAUGCCGUUCCAGGUCAACUCCUACUUCAGAGAGAGUGAGUGGAAUAUCGUAAGAGGAUAUCGUGAAGAGGUCAAGAAGUUCGAAUACGAUCCAAUCUCCUCCAAAGCUGAAGUUGUUGAAAAAUGGCUCAACAGCUUCGGUUACAUCACUACCUAUCACCACAAUGGUGUCACCAAUGACACCCUCUACGCCAUUUUGCAUGCGCCAAGAGGAGACGACACCGAGGCCAUGGUGUUGGCAGUUCCUUGGUACACCAGUGACAAGGAACACAAUGAAGGAGGCAUUGCAUUGGCAGCAGCGUUGGCCAGAUAUUUCAGCAAAAUGUCCAUUUGGUCCAAAAACAUCAUUUUGGUCUUCCCCGAGACCUCCCAUUAUCCAUUAAGAUCGUGGGUGGAGGCCUACCACACCUCGUUGGACCAAACGGCUGGCUCCAUCGAAGCGGCCAUUGUGCUUGAAUACGGGAAGAACGGUGACCAUUUCGACUACUACGAAAUGUUCUAUGAAGGCUUGAAUGGCCAAUUGCCAAACUUGGACUUGCUCAACACCGCCAACAUGAUUGGUUUCCACGAGAGUUUACCCUCCUCAAUCCAAGGAACCCCAUCCCACGAAAUUUCAAAGAAUACCUACUUCACCCGGUUGAGAACUUUGUUAAGGGGAAUCGGCAGCUUGACCUUGUCUGGCUUGAGCAGAAACACCCCUGGAUGUGAGGCAUUCUCUGGCUGGCAAAUCCAGGCGUUCACCAUCAAGGCUAAGGGUUCGAAUGGACCUGCAGACGUUACCCAGUUGGGCAGAGUUGUGGAUUCUACCUUCAGAUCAGUGAACAACUUACUUGAAAAGUUCCAUCAAUCGUUCUUCUUCUAUUUGUUGUUGUCGACCAGAAACUUUGUUUCCAUCGGAACAUACUUACCAGCUGCAGUUCUUGUAUCCAUUGCGUUUGCAUUAAGCUCCUUGGGUGCGGUGUUGAACAGUGGUGUCAAAUUUGACGAGUAUAUUGGUGGCCUCACCACUAUUCUUUCAACGUUCUUUGGAAUCGAAUUGUGUGGGGUCGUUAUGGCCUUUUCAUUGCCAUACAUAACUAUCAACGCCCCAAAGGAAUUUGAAGAUGUGACUGUGUUUCAAAUCUUGUGUCAGUUCGUCUUGAUCAAUGUUGCAGUUUCAUUUUCACCACUUUUCAACAUCAAAUCAAAAUACAAAUUCAACAAGGCAGUCAAAUAUGGUUUAAUUGCAUUGUCAUUGUUUUUCAUUUCCAUGUUAAUUAUGACCCUUUUAAUUGUUCAUUUUGCAUUAGCCUUGAUUAUUGGAAUUUUAGCAGUUCCUUUAACUUUUAUUCAGCCAUUGACACUUUUGCGUUACGUUAACGAGAACAAAGCCCAAAUUAAAAUUAGCUUGUGUCUUUUCGUCUCCAACCCAUUUUUUGUCUUAUUUAUUGCAGGCAGUUACUUGGAUGCCGAGAGUGGGGCAGUUAGCUUGAUGAGAGGUUUACUUACUUCUUGGCAUGAGCUUCAAUGCUGGACCUGGUUUGUGGUCAUCUUAGGAUGGUUCCCUGCCUGGUUAGCAAUUGGGCUUGGAGUUGUCUUUGGAGAACACGAAGUUGACUACAGCAAAGCUAUUAACAAGCUUAAGAGUAGCUAAAUUAGAAUUAUCAUGAAUGCAUAGCGAAUCAAUAGAACAUCGUUUAUAAAUCAAACAGU